CAUCAUCUCUCUCUCUCUCUGUACAUUAACCUCUGUCCUAGCAAACAUAAACAAGGAAAGAAGGGAGAAGAAACCGUAGAGAAAUUCCCAAUCAAAAACAUAGAAGAGUCCACACCACCCACCUCUCUCUCUCUCUCUCUCUCUCUCUAAUGGCCCAGCUGGACCAAAAUUUAUGUGAAGAGGAAAAACAAAGAAAGGAAACAUAGAGAGAGAGAGAGAGAGAGAGAGAGAGAGAGGUGCCUUCAGAUGUCCUCCAACCAUACCCACCUCAUACAUACACCCAACAAAAUCAUGUUGCCACAAAUACCCCUCUGCAAACCCCCAUCUUCAUCACUUCACUGUCUCAAAAGAACUGCAUGUUUUGCCCCGAUUUACAUGGGCUUUUUGGGCUUUUUCUCGGUCAGAGUUUCACAGAGAAAACAGGAAAGCGUGACUCUUUCUCAUCUCCUUUCUUUCCUUUCCUCCAUCCUUUAUUAUUUCUUGCACACCUAUUGCCUUCCUCCCCCCCUUCUCUAUCCCUCUCUCUCUCUCUCUCUCUCUCUCUCUCUCCAUAUUACUUCAGAUAUAUCUUUUUGUUUCUCUCCCUUCUUCAAGUUUUUUACUUCUUCGGUACUGGAUUCUUUGAGUUUCUUGUGAUCUGAUGUCUAAGAAGAUGAAAGGAGAUUCUAUAGAUCCAUCAACAUAUGGUACGUAUGGGGAUCCUAAGGCCAGAUUCAAGCAUCAGGUUCUUAUACAGGACUACAGAGAGUUGCAGAAGGAAACUGAGGCCAUGAGAAACAAGUUGGAGAGCACAAAACAGAGAAAAGUAAUUCUUUUGGCCGAAGUCAGGUUCCUACGACGACGAUACAAGUACCUUAUGCAAAACAAGGCUGUUAGACAACCAAGGGAACGACAAAUUGUUCACCCACCAAAUUUUGUAACUCAGAAAAGAAAUAUUGUGAAGCAGAAAACUUCCAGGAAAAAGAAAGGCAAUCUGUAUGACAUGAAGCAGAAAACUGUGAACUACACAGUUUCUGAUUCAAAUCAGAAGGAAAGGAUAUUGAGUCAAAGGUAUCCGGCAAGUCAGACUCCAAAUCCAAUUCUUGAUCUAAACCAGAAGGAUAGGAUGCAUGUUGGAAAAGAAGCUAUUCUUAGAAACCCCACUCCUGGUUUUGAUUUAAAUCAGAAGGAAAGAUCAUACUGUAGAAAAGAUGCUGCCUUCCGGAACCCAAUGCCGGUUCUUGAUUUGAACCAGAAGGGAAGGUUACUCAGCGGAAUGGAAACUGCUCGCCGAAACCCAUUUCCAGCUUUUGAUUUAAACCAAAUGGAAAGAAACAUUGUGAGCGAGAAUGCUGUUCAAAGCCGAGCUCCAAUUUUUGACUUAAACCAGAUCUCGGGAGAGGAAGAGGCAUUACAGAAUAAUUAUGAGCCAUUGAAGUUGGAGGAGCCAAAGAAAAUUGUUAUGAGAGGGGGAACCGAUGAGCAGCACAACGAGUUGAAACUAGCCAUGUGUCGGAACAUUGGGAAUGGACCGAAUCGGGUGGGGAAGAGGAAGAUUUCUUGGCAAGACCCGGUUGCAUUGGAGGUUUAAGUAUUUAUCUUCAGGUGUCAAGAUCCUGCAUUGGCAGUGGGCUUGAAAAAAAUGGUGUCAUAGUACUGGCAAUUUGUUUUCAAGGUGUAUUAUAGAUGGACGUACAAAUAUUGCCAAGGGAUCAAAUUUGGUUUCACCAUCCUAUGUUGUUCGGUUUUCAUUUACUCCUUGUUUCCUACUUAGUAUAAGUUAGGUGGUAGAUAUAAGGAAAUUUGGAAUCUUGCAGUCGUUGGAAUUGGAAUUGAAAUAAUUCAGUAGUUGGAAA